UUUCGUACAUAACAACAACACAGAUUUUUGUGCAGUGACCGACCAGCGAGUUUUGUUUUUAAUUUUUUGCAAUGACUGUAUGGCUGGCAGGAAAAAAGGAUGUGAAACGUGAGAAACAGAUGAACAUGUGCACUGCUGCAGUCAUCCUCAAUUAUCUUUUGACACUUUGUCUAGGAUGCCAGGAAGCUUUUUACGAUAUUCCAGGACGGCGUUUUCACAUAACUAAGGCCUACGACAGUUCUUCUCCAGGGACGUUAUCGCAUUGUCGACAGAGAUGUAUAGAGGAUAAGAAUUGCGUGGCUUUCAUGCAUUAUAAUACUACUGAUUUAUGUGCGCUGUCUAAUUUGACUGGUCUGAAAUUUGGCUAUUUAUGUGAUUAUUGUUUCUCUGCAUUGAAAGUUGGCACAUGUAGUACACCAACCCCUGCUACGACAAAUACGCCAUCUACCCCAACACCUGAAAGUCCUUGUACCUGCACGUGUAUGGAAACAAAUGAUACUUUGAUGAGAUCAAUCGAGGAGCGAAGAACAUCUCUACGACUAAACAAAACAGAACUGUCCUCCACAAAACGAAAACUCAGCUCAGCAGAAGACCAGAGGGUAUCUGCCAAGAGAUUAGGUUAUGUUGGAAUCCUAGUCAUUACAAUUUCUGUCGGUUUGUUUGUUUUCAUUGAUUUUCUUAACCUAAUUACAUUAAAAAAAAGAAUCAAAUGUCUUAAGAGAGGAUGCUGUAAAUAAGUUUGUCUUGCUAUUCCUUGGGCAUUUUUUGAAAUCAUUUCCUUGCAUUCUUUCUAUGUUAUGCUCAUGAUAAAAUGAAAAUCACUCCCAAGUAGAAUCGUGCGUUAUCCUUCACUUUAAACCCCUCCCUAAUAAAAUCAAACUACACCAAAUAAAAUAUGGAAAUAAUGAACAGUACUCAAGGUCAUAAGUCCACAUCAGAAGCAGAUAUUAUUCGUACGUAGAAUAUGCUCUUGUGUACUGAAUCAACUGAGACACAUAAACUCGAUAUGUAGGUUGAUAGGAGUAUAUUUCUACAUAAGUUAGGGAAGCUGACGAUUAAAAAAUUCAUGUUUAUCAAAACUUUGUUAUUAUAUUGUUAUUACAUUAAUGUGUUUUUCUAAUAAAAUAUUCAAAUAUGAAA